AUGGAUAAUGAACAAAGGCCUCUCGUGAACAGCGGGAGAAUAUCAACAUCCACAAAAAUUGCUUAUGCACUGGGACAUAUCUUCAAUGAUCUAGCAGCAGCUAUGUGGUUCUCUUAUACCUUAAUUUACCUGCAACGAGUUGCAUUGUUAGAACCUGUCAUCGCUGGUUCGCUUCUACUGUUAGGACAAAUCAUCGACGCCGUUAUGACUCCAAUAUUUGGUUUCCUAAUUGAUCGCUAUUGCAAGAAAAAGAUUUGGCACAUCGUUGGAUCCGUGAUGGUCACUUUAUCUUUUCCCGUAAUAUUCGGCAGUUUUGUCAAUUCAUCUACCACGGUUGCGAUGCUUUUAUAUAUAACAAGCAUUACGAUAUUUCAAACGGGUUGGGCGGCCGUACAAAUCUCUCAUUUAUCUAUGAUUCCCUCCUUAACUAAUUCCGUCCUAGUUCGAGCAGAUUUAACCGCAAUAAGAUAUUCUGCUCAAGUUGGUGCUGCUGUGGUAACUUUUGUAGUAACAUGGAUAGUUCUACCAACUAGCGGCGAAUCGAUGGUUCAAUUGGAUCAGCAAGAUGCUUAUAAAUUCAGAAAUAUCGUUCUGGUUCUCACAGCUUUCGGUUUGACUACGACUGUCUUGUUUCACAUUUUCCUGAAAGCGAAUCUCUUGGAACAAACAAUAUUCCUAAAAUCGGACAUCGAGAAGUCAGCUAAGCCGUCGAAUGUUUCGUCGAAUCGUCGAAUAUCGUGGAUCGACAUCACGAUUUUAUUAAGAGUCGCGAUGUUGUAUGUGGCGAGCAGAUUAUUUAUCACUCUCGCUACGGUAUAUUUGCCGUUGUAUAUAGAAGAGACAAAAGUCGAUGGUAAGCAAGCGUUAGCCAGUGUGCCGUUGGUAUCGUAUUUAUCCUCAUUCACUGCCGCUUUGCUGCUCAAAUACCUAAACAGAAUUUGCAGUACCAAGGCUUGCUACUUUUGCGGUGCUAUAAUUGGUAUAAUCGCCGCCGUUGUCACGGAAUUUGUCGGAAGUAACUCAACAGUCGUGUACUUCGUCGCCGUAUUAAUUGGCGUGGGAAGCUCCAUCACGAUGGUCACCGCAUUGAGCGUCACCGCCGAAUUAAUCGGCUGUCGAACGGAACGUAGCGCGUUCGUGUAUUCAAUCGUCACUUUCCUCGAUAAAAUCAUCACUGGUCUCGUGGUGAUGUUCAUCGAGAAAUUGAGAUGCAACGACAAAGAACUUUGUCCUACUUACAAUCGAGACGUAUUGUCUAUCGUUUGUGCUUCCUCUAUGAUACUGGGACUUAUAACUUUGCUAUCUGUAUCGCGUUGUCUUACUUGAAAUACUAACAAAUUCAUAUUUUUUAUAUUAUGUACCGUG